AUGAAGAGCCAGUACUCAGCACAAGCUCCAGCUCCAGCUCCAACUCCCUUGGACCAAGGCACUGCACCACCAGCCUACUCACCGGUCUCCAACGCCGCACCAGUCCCUUCCAUCGCAAUAUCAUCACCUCAGAGCCAAACAGCCGAUGACCCCUACGCCUUCCUCAGCACCUUCGACACGAUCUUCCUCAUCGACGACUCGGGUUCCAUGGCAGGCAGCCGCUGGCGCGAAACCCAAGAAGCGCUUGAAUCAAUCACUCCCAUCUGCGUUUCUCACGACGCCGACGGAAUCGACAUCCUCUUCCUCAACAACCCUGAAAACCAAUAUCACAAAAACGUCACUUCGGCAGCCACCGUCCGCGAAAUCUUUUCUAGUGUGAGACCCAGGGGCGGUACACCUACUGGCCAACGUCUGGAUUCUAUCCUCAGACCGUACAUUCGCCGGUGUGAGCAACAAGGUCCUGAAGCAGUGAAGCCACUAAAUCUUAUCGUCAUCACUGAUGGCGAGCCAAGCGAUGACGUGGAGGCUCCCCUUAUCAGUUGUGCGAAGAAGCUCGAUAAACUUGAUGCUCCUGCUUGGCAAAUCGGUAUCCAAUUCUUCCAGGUUGGUAGGGAUGAGGGUGCACGUGCUCAUCUAAGGGCUCUCGAUGACGAGUUGGCAGAGAUUGCGGGCAUGGAGUUGAGGGAUAUGGUUGACACGGUGCCUUUCAAGGGUGCGGACGGAGAGCAUCUCUCUGCGGAUGGCAUUCUCAAAGUUGUGCUGGGAGCAGUGAACAGAAGACUGGACAGGAAGAGAAGUCAGGAUCUGCACCGCUGA